AUGUGCCUCAUGCUUUUCUUGCGUAAAUACAUUGCGCAAUUUGUGGUGCAAGCGAUGAUUUUCGUCUGCGCAGAAGGCCUCUUAUUUCAGUGGCCGGGCAAGCCUAGAGCAACCACAUCUGUGGAUCAGGCAAUAGUGGUCACGGAUGGCGAGCGUAUACUUGGACUGGGUGAUCUGGGCGCAUAUGGGAUGGGUAUCCCAGUUGGUAAGCUGUCACUGUAUGUUGCUUUGGGUGGAGUACAUCCCAGAUGGUGUCUUCCCAUCAUGUUAGAUGUCGGAACGGAUCGAGAGGUUUGUUUUUUACAGUGA